CCCACAAUAGCCCAAUGGUUGUAGUGUAGUGAACGUUGAGAAUCUUCCCCACGUGCAGUUCUCCAGUAUACGGUGUAGUGUUAGUAGUUAGCAUUAGACUUUUAGAAAUAUGAAGAUGGACCUCCAGGUUUCAAACACUACUAGCAAUGGUACCGAGGAUAUACCAAAUGAUCCCGGGAAAAUGUUCAUCGGUGGCCUCAGCUGGCAGACAACCGGGGAUUCGCUAAAGGAACACUUCGGGAAGUAUGGGGAAAUCAAGGAGGCUAUGGUUAUGAAGGACCCGACCACUAAACGAUCCAGGGGCUUUGGGUUUGUCACGUUUAGAGAGUCUGCCGCUGUAGAGAAAGUGCUCGCUAAUGGGCCUCACGAGCUGGACUCAAAAACGGUGGACCCCAAGGUAGCGUUUCCCAGAAAGGCUCAACCAAAGAUGGUUACCAGAACUAAGAAAAUCUUUGUUGGAGGGCUGUCUGCAGCUACCACAGUGGAAGAUGUCAAAAACUAUUUUGGUAGUUUUGGCAAGAUCGAGGAUGCAAUGCUUAUGUUUGACAAGACAACAAAUCGUCACAGAGGUUUUGGGUUCGUGACCUUUGAAUCUGAAGAUGUGGUGGACAAAGUGUGUGAUAUCCACUUCCAUGAGAUCAACAAGAAGAUGGUGGAGUGUAAAAAGGCCCAGCCGAAGGAGGUCAUGUUACCAACAAGCCUAGCUCGGGGUAGGGGCCUAGCAAGGGGCACGUUCAUGACGAAUGAAGAUGGCGAGAUUGUGUGGGAUUUAUCAAGCGAUAUUAUGAUGCCAGAGCUGUUGACCUCUCCCCAUCUUGGCGGUGUUCCUUUGACAGGCGGUAUGGAAGGUUUCCUGCCCCAUGGACUACACACUGCUGCCUAUCCCUAUGCUGGCCGUGGAUUUCCAGCUAUAGCCCCUGCUGGCUACUACUAUCCAGGACUUGGUACAGCGUAUAGUCCGUCCUCAAUGGUCUCGGCCGCUGCGGCACGCAGUGUGGUUGCGGCCGCAGCAGCCCGUGGCUCCGGGGUGCCGCGUGCGGGACGGAGCAUUUUAAGUCUCCCCUCUACUCCCGGGCUCCCUGGUUAUGCUGGGUACCUCCCCUCCGCCCCCUCCGCCCCAGGGGAGAGACACAUGUCUCCCAUCUAUGCCGACCUUGGUGCUGCGACGGCCAAUCAAUUGACCGCAGGCUUACAAAGGAGCGAACAUUCGCCGCUGCCAGUCAGCACGUCGCCUCUCCAUCGUGUUGGCGAUCAUAUACUUACUGCCCAGCGUGCUACAGACCACAAUGGACUGGUCAGUUUAAAUGGAAUGGAGAGUUUAAUGUGGAACCUGAGGGGUGAAAGGCUCUCCGGUGUAGGAGGAAAAGCAUUGACUAACCGAUGCAUACAAAUGCAUACCGACGGAAGGACACAACCCUACCAGGUCGUGGUCAAGUCCACCCAGUCCACACAAGCUGUGAUAAAUAACCUUGGCCAACAACAAGCCUUCCCCACUGCUACCUCUCCCGCCACCAGCAGUCGUGGUAUCCCGCUAGCUAACAGCCCCGGGCCAUGCGACCUGUACAGCCAGGAUGGUCUCAGCUAUAUUCAGGCCACCAGCCCCCAGCCAUCCAGCUUCGGCCACAACCUUGCUGGACAGCUGAUAGCUACCAAUUUCCAGAACGGUUACCAUUAAAAACCAAGAUGUAAUCAAUGCAGACCAAAUAAAAAAAGAAGAAGCUUUCUACCACAGACAUGGUUGGAGGAGGAGGCAUGGUUGACCUGUCCCAAGGGCGACGCUGUUACCAGCAGCUCCGUUUUAUGAGACCAUUUUUUAUAUCUCUAUCAUGAACUUUUUUGAGUUAAUGGAAGGUACACAGAUCAUGUCUAUAUUUUAUUUGAAUUGUCUUACAUUAUUUUUGUGUUCUAAAUUAUUCCAUGUUUACAUUUCAUCUCAAAGUUUUUGUGACAAGAUAAAUAGUGUUUAUCACCAACGCCUGUGCAUUUUACCGAAGGGCACUUUUUUCUGUUAAUUGUUAUUAAACGAUCACAUCGUAAUGAUAUGUAUACAUUUUAACACGCAUAUUUAUAUAUAUGAAAAUUUCAUUUUUUUUCUCUUUAUUUUUUGCCUUAUUAGAUUAGAAAAUUUUAGCUUCCAUCUAUUAAUGAUUUCGCCAUCUAUUGAUUAUUUCACCAACUGUGACCUUCCAAACCUCAUCUUGUACAUUAAUCUUGUGUCAGUUAUAUGUAUGAUUAUGUUUUGAGUUUUUAUUUGCUGAAUUUUGAGUCAUUUUUUCUUAUUUUUAAUUUGUUAAAACCAUGUGAUGGGGAAUGUACAUGGAAAAGACCAAUACCGCUGAUGGCUGGCGUGUCUGUACAUUACGCAGGAAAUUAGUAAUUUUGUUAUAAUUGUUUUUAACUUCUGCCUGCCUUUGUACCUUUAAGUUCAGAAGUUGUGUUCAUUAUGAAUUUUAACCAGCAAUAAGAGACUUUUAAGUUGAUCUACAGCAAGCAGAAUGUUUAAACCUGCCAUAUUCCAACAAAACCACGUUUUUAAUCUGACUUUUAGAUUUUUAGAAUUACGAUGGAGUGCUAAUUUUAGAGGUGGCCAUUUAAGGUUGUUCUAAAAUAUUAUUUUUUAAAGUACGCAAAAUGAUUUUGAAUAUAUGUUGAAUUAUUUUUAUAAUUUUUUUUAUUAAAAGAUUAACAGUUUAUUAAUGUAAUAUCUUAAGUUGAAGCUAGAUGUAAGAGGAAGUGAAGUAAGAACAUGUGACUAGAGCCGGUCGACGUUAGUUACAGAACACCAAGCUGUUCCGCUGUAGGCCGUGUCAUUAACUGAGAACAUUGGAGACAAACCUUGUUUUUUGGUUGUGCAGACUUUUAAUUUGAUGUGCCUGUGUGAAGUUUUCCCAGAUUGUGCAAAACUUUGUUAAUUAAAAUCUGUUAAGUUUAAGUAUGGAUAACGUAACCUGAAGUCAGGUGGAAACAAACUUGAUGUUUUACCGGACGUUCAGUCAGAUAGCAAUAACAAUUUUGUCUCUUUAAAUAUCAUGAUCCUGUGAUUGUAGUGGUGGUGGCCAUAGCAAUGGUUGCCGUGGUUACCAACAGAUAGAGCCGUUGUACCAUAAUACCUUCAGUAUUACUGAUUCAUACCUUAGUCAUGUAUGCUGGGGGAGGACUUAUUAUUUACUGUUCGAAUCAUAUAUACUGGGGGAGGUCUUAUUAUUUACUGUUAGAGCAUGUCAACCACAUGAAGGCCAUCUGUCUCCUAUUUCGGUACCCUGUUGGUAACUGGGCAGUUGCUAUGACUACAUCUGUUGUGUAGUUACCAGUAAUGUUAUGUAAGAGUCACACAUCACAGACAUGUUUAUAACAAGGUCGUAAUGGCAUGUUUUAUUUGUAAAAAUGAUGUACAUAGUCUGGUUUGAUAAAUUUUAUGGAUUUUUAAUAAUUCUUUUUUUGGUCAUGUAUGAAAAUUCAAAGUCAAUAUCUACGGUUAAUUUUGCAAGUUUUUAAAUAAUUAUCUGCUGUUGGGUUGAAUGAUAAAAUAACCCUAAUAUUUGCUUAAUUCAUUAUACAUCAACACGAAGAGUUCUUCCUCAUGAAAUUUGUAUGGCAUGUUUUUGAAAACCAGUUGAAAUGUAAAGCAAUAUCUUUUUAUAAAUCUCAUGGACCAUGUCCUCCACUGAUGACUGAGCUAGUCCGUAACAACACAUGGAUCAACUUUGGUGAGUUUUCAUGCAAAAAGUAAAAAUGUAUUGCCUCAAUUCAUUUGUUACAAGAUUUGAAGGAUUCUCAAAAGUGACUACCAGUAGUGUUUUGACGGCCUAGUAGGAAAGAAUUGGAUCAACAGAAAUAUGACGGCCUGUUCUGUAGGAAAGAACUGGAUUAACAGAAAUAUGACGGCCUGUUAUGUAGAAGAUGAAUAUGAUUCAUGAGAUGUAAUAUUGUACAGAGGUCAAUAGAAUGCAUGAUAAAAUUUAUAACUUAACAUCAGGUGGUACUUAAGAUAUUUUUGAAUUUAUUUCAAAUAUUUAUGUAUAUACUGCUGUUUUAUGCUGAAUUAUUUUGUGUCAUGAUAAUGAACUUUACAAAAAAACUCAAUACUUGUUGAUUAUGUAAAAAGAAAUUAAAGAAAAUAACCUGUUUUAUUAUCAAUAUUUGUUGUGUCAAUUACGAUUUAUGAUGCAAAAGUAUAUAAAAUAUGAAAAAAAUACAUAUAUAUGAAAAUAAAAUAAAAAGUAAAAGAAAGAGAAAUUGAAAAAAAAAAAAGAACCAAAAUAACAAAGUGUGUUAUUACAUAAGUUAAUUUUAUCAAAACCAAUACAGCUGUUUUACUAUCUCUCACCCCCAACUUGUGCGAGUAUUUGGUGUGAUUUUCGUGUGAGUAUUGUGGUUACGUGAGUGAUUGAACUGGUGUAAGUAAGUGGACUUUGUGGUUUGAGAUUUGUACCGUAAUUGACCCAGCAAACCUGUUGACCCAUUCAUUUCAUUUCGUGUUUAACCAUGUCAAGAGUUAUGUUCUCCAAUAUUGAUCACGCAAGCAUUUGAUGCAUAUUGUUAUACGCAUAAACUGAGGUUACCAUUUGGUGCUCGUCAUGAUGUAUUGAUGCUUUUUCUGCUUUAUCCAAAAAAAAAGAGGAAGCACUGCUGUCAUCCUAUCAAUGCAGUGUGCUGAUCAGGUGAAUUACGGUACAAAUCACUAGUAUUGUAUUUUACAGCCUGUCAAACAUCCUGGGCUUGUCACCUAAGUGUGACGUCAUAGUGACAACUGGAACCACAUACUUAUAACCAGCUAGUGGCAUGCUCCACCAGUUUACAUGUACAUAUGUUUUUAUAUACUUGAUUAUUUGUCAAGGAAAAAUGAUUUGUUUUAUUAUGAUGACGUUGAUAAAUUGUAAUAUUUAAUAAUAUCUUGUUGUAGUGGUAUACAUAAGAUCUUAUGAAGAUAUCGUAAGACUUAUAAGAUUGUGGCCCUUUCGGGGGGUAACUAUUUGUAGUAGUAUACAUAUAUACAUACAUACAUACUAUUAUUAAGAUAUUGUAAGAUUUAUAUUGGGACUCCUUUGGGGGUAACUGUUUGUACAGUGUCCUGUUGAUAUAUCACGAUGUUGAUUGAUUGCCAUCGGUUUUAGUCACAAAUGUUAAGGUAGUAAUACUGUAGUGAAUUAGUCUGUAAUUAAAUCAUCUUCAUUGUCAUUAUUGCUCCACACAGCUGUAACUGUCAUUAGCUUUUAUUACAUAGGCAACAGUGUCAUGGACAAAUAGGAAAGACCAUAAUACGAAGUACAUCUAUAAUUUUAAUUGGCCUAAAUACAAUUGGUUUUAUAAUAAUGAUCUUUCUAUAACCAUGAAAUCUAACUCAAGUAAACCAUUGAUCUGAAUUUGAAAAAAAAAUGAAUCGAUGACAAAUUAUUGCUGUAGAAUUUACCUGAUCUUCCUAUGUAGAUAGUAUGGAAUAGAGGAAAAGUUCUUCAUCUUUUGGCUGAAAGAGUUUUUAUUUUUUAUUUCUAGAUUUGAUUCGAGUUGAUAUGUUACCAUGACAGUGUUGCCAUGCUUUUAUUAAUUCUGUCCAUAUGUUUUGUUCACGGGAUAUUGACGACCCAGUUAGAAAUAAAUGUAGAUCUAUACAUUAAUCUGGAAAUGAUGCCAUAUUGCUGUUUAUGGUAAAAUCCUGCAUUGUCAUGUCAAGUUCGUAACAGAAAAAUACAAAUUUCAGGGUCCAAUCUUGUCUCAAAACGCAAGUCGUUUGUGAUUUGUGGAUUUUUUGUUUCUACUUUUUGUUCGAGUAUAGAAUAACAAGUUGUUAUAUAUUAUGUACAUUUCUGUUGCAUAUUGUGUAUUUUUCUCUAAAUGUAAUUUAAGACUUCCUCAUGUAAUUGCUGGACAAAUUGUGUUACCGCCCUCUGUAUAUAAGUGUAUUUAAACUCUCGACAUAUAUUGCUUGUAUGUAUGUACCUUAGAUGGGGUUCCCAUGGGUAAAGUCAUUCAAAGAUUUACAGGUUCACAGUUCUACGCGUUCAAUUACACCGCUGGUUUAGGAUUUCCUUAUUCCUCAUAAGGAUGGGUUCUCGCUGAUUUUAUGUAUCGGUAAGCGUUAUCAUAAUGAAUUUCUUGUAUUGCAUUAUAACGGGUAUAGAACAUACAAAAAAGUGAUGUAAUGAUAACGGGUAUAUAACAUACAAAAAAGGGAUGUAAUGAAAUAAUCACAUUGCGUUUUGAUAUGCUUCAAAUUCUCAUCCUGGCAGGUUGCAGGCUAACCAGGGCCCCAUGGUUUCUUUGCCUGAUAUAGAGAAGUCUAUUUUUAGGUUUCAGGAUGGUCGAUGACUACAUGACUAUGUUUGAAAGUAUAUUUUUUCUUGUACCUGCACUUAUCCUAAAAUUUACAUUGAUAAAUAUUCAGGGUUAUUAAAUACUGGGAAAAUAACCCAUAAAGAUUUAUGAUAUUGAAACGGUGAAAUAUUAUCAGAUUUUAGCGGGAACCCAUCUUUUCAUUAAGAUGAAAAAUGCAGAUAAAAUAUUUUGUUUUGUUUUAUAGAGUUGAAAUAAUAUCAUUUAAUAACAUAUGAAGUGAUGACAUUUAAUAAAGAGAAGCUUUUUACCAAAACCAUUGACCAAAUUUUGAUCUAUGAAGAAAACCCUGUGGUGAGCCCCAUAGAUCUUCUGGCAGGUGAUAUCAACGCUGGAGUGGGGAGCUAUUGGUUGUAUAGUAGUGUGUACAUGUGUAGUGGGUAGCAUCAACCACAUUCCUUCUGUUGCUCUCGAAACCAGCAGUCUGAAAUUUUGGAAGGGUUAGAUGAAAUAUGUAUUUGUAUAUAUAUUUACAUAGAUAUAUCGGUGAUAGCUUCCUUUCCAGACCUUCAGGGUGAUGUUUUUAAAGGAUAGUCUAAAUUUCAGCUGAAGUACCUUUGGUUGUAUUGGUUUCCAAGACUAUAUAGGUGCAUUAGAUUCCCAACCCCAAUGAUACUAUAUGAUUCCCGUCCUAAAUGGUUUUAUUGAAUUCCCAGCCCCUUUGAUUAUAUGGUAUUCCAAGUCUACAAUACAUGGUUGUGUUGAAUCCCCAUCCCCAAUGGUUGUAAUGGUUUCCAGACCCAAUGGUUGUAUUGGUUUCCAGCCCCAAUGGUAGUAUUGGUUUCCAGCCCCAAUGGUUGUAUUGGUUUCCAAGUCUAUAUGGUUGUAUUGGACUCCCAGCAUAUGGUUGUGUUAAGAUUCCCAGCUAUGGUUGUAUUAGAUUCCCAGCCUAUGAUUGUAUUAAAUCCCCAUCCCCAAAGGUUGUAUCGGUUUCCAAGCCUAAUUGGUUGUAUUAAAUCCCCAUCCCCAAAGGUUGUAUCGGUUAACAGCAUCAAUGGUUGUAUUGGUUUCCAAGUCUAUAUAUGCUUGUAUCAGAUUUCUAACCCUAUUAGUUUUAUUGGAUUCCCAGUUCCUUUGGUUGUGCAUUAUUUCCCCGUCUCUGUGAAUGUUUCAAAUUUUCAGACUCGUUGUUUGUUCAAAUGUCUGUUUAUAAUAUAUCUAUAUGUAACAGAAUGCUGAUUGUCUGGGAAGUAGGCCAGCUGGUAUAUAAAUGUUUGUAUAUAUAUAGAUAAAUAUGUAGGGAAGGAACAAAAAUCC